CAUUUUCCCUACCCUUCAUCAUUCUGUACGUUUUAUUCCUUCAAUAAACAGCAAAUAUAUACACAUUGUGCUUCAACCAUACUCUGUAUAAAUAGCGAAUCACUUCACGAUGCAAACUGAUGUUCGAGUAACAAGUGUACCGCAAGGUGCUUCGGGUCGGAGUCGCUCCGUAUCGUUGUCUUUAACUGAGAAGAGAGCUAUGCUUAAGCAGCAAAGAAGUUGUAUUAGGGAAGUGUCGAUCAAUCUGAAGAAUAAAAAGGACAUUCUAGCUGCAAUGAAUGCUCAUUUAGAAGAGGAAGAAGCCAGGAAAGUCGCAACCCCAAGACCAAAAUCAGUGUGUGCUACUUCGCUUCAAGGUGAAUAUACCCCAAGCGCUGGGGAAAGGACACCCGCACGUAGAAGCCAAUGUGACAAUAUUAGUAUGGACUCAGAAAGUCCUAGCAUAGGACGAAGAGGCACCUUGAAGAAAACUAUGAA